AAAACACAGAUUUCCAGUUUCCUCGAACCGAACGCUCCAUCUUCUCGAUUUUAGUUAUUUUUACUCUUUUAUCGAUAUUAGAAAAGUUAUAUCUCUAACUCUAGUUCAUCAUCGCGUAGUUUUGCUUUGAGUAGCAAUUUAUCUUUGCUUAUUACAACCAAAUUGACUAUAGACUAAUCUCAGAACCAUUUGCUUGCCCUCAGUCAAAAUGAGUAAAUCUCGUGGUGCCAAUCAAAGUGAAAAACCCAUUCAAGUGUUCGUCAGAGUACGACCCCUGAACCAGUCAGAAAAAAAUUCAAAGUCGUAUUCAGUUGUAAAUGUAAACAAUGGCCGUGAAGUAUCUGUCAAAGAAAAACCCAUCGAGAGGACAGCAAGGAAUUUCAUUUUUGACAAGGCCUUUGGCCCAGAUUCAAAACAGGUGGAUGUGUACAAACGCGUUGUCUACCCCCUCAUCGAAGAAGUCCUGGCUGGUUAUAACUGCACAGUGUUUGCUUAUGGGCAAACUGGUACCGGAAAGACUUUCACAAUGGAAGGAGAAAAAUCAAAUGACAUUAAUGUCUCAUGGGAAGAUGAUCCAUUGACUGGUAUCAUUCCAAGAUCUCUAAGUCAUCUAUUCGACGAACUCCGCAUUAAGCAGCUAGAGCACUCAGUGCGAGUGUCUUUUCUUGAGCUUUAUAAUGAAGAGAUCUUUGAUCUUCUCUCACCCAUUGAAGAUUCAAAAGGACUUAGGCUCUUUGAAGAUUCCAGCAAAAAAGGCUCUGUCAUCAUACAGAAUCUAGAAGAGGUUCCUGUGAGCAACAAGGCUCAGCUGUACAAAGUCAUGGAAAAGGGCUCGCAGAAGCGCCAAACUGCUGCCACCCUCAUGAAUGCUCAUUCAAGUCGUUCGCACACCAUAUUUUCAAUCACCGUUCACAUAAAAGAGACUUCAGACAAAGGCGAAGAACUCUUCAAGAUAGGAAAAUUGAACCUUGUUGACCUCGCUGGUAGCGAAAACAUCGGAAGGUCAGGAGCAGUAGACAAAAGAGCUCGAGAGGCAGGAAAUAUCAACCAGUCUCUGUUGACGCUUGGCAGAGUCAUAACAUCUCUUGUCGAGAAAGCACCUCAUAUUCCAUACCGCGAAUCAAAGUUGACACGUUUAUUGCAAGAUUCCCUUGGAGGUCGCACGAAAACUUCUAUCAUAGCAACUGUCUCCCCAGCCUUGUGUAAUUUGGAAGAAACUCUCAGCACCCUCGAGUAUGCAGCUAGAGCCAAGAAUAUCACCAACCGGCCUGAGGUCAACCAGAAACUAACCAAAAAAGCUUUCUUGAAGGAAUACGAAGUAGAAGUUGAGCGCUUAAAGCGUGACUUGCAAGCUGCAAGAGACAGAAAUGGUAUUUUUGUUGAUCCGGAAAAUUACACCAAGAUGACUCUACAAAUUGAAGAACAAGAAAAAGAGAUCAGUGAAAAUCUUUCUAAUAUCAAAGCUCUUAAAGCGGAAAUGGAGAAAAGACAGGAAAUCAUUGAGGAGUUAUCUACUUCAAAUAAGGAAACAAAAGAAGAGUUAGAGAGACGCAAGCAAACUUGCCGAGAGACAAGGAAGGCUCUUAGGGAAGUUACAGUGGACCGGAAUGAAAACAAACAUCUGAAAGAACGCCACAUGGAAACCGAGAAGAAACUCCGCAAACAGGCAGAAAAGCUUCUAGCAGUUGCUAAUGUUGCAACAUCUGAUGCCAUGAAGCUUCUUGAGAAGAUUGAGCGCAAAGACUACGUUGAAACUACUAAUUCUGCGGCCACCAAUCAUCUCUACUCGUCUCUACAAAAUCAGUUCGACGUCGCCGCAAGCAUCAGCGAACGCCAGAGCCGUAGUGAAGCAGAAAUUUUCAGCAUGCUCAACAACUUCCUUGCCAAUACUUCCAAAGUGCAGGCGGACUAUUUGGAUCGCCUCAGAGACCACCUCGGAAUGAUUUGUGAUGUUUUAUCUGAAAGAAUGAGAAAGUAUGCAGACCUAUGUCAAGAUUGGAGGAAAGAAAAACACACUAAAUUGAUGGCUGAUUUGAGUGUUUUGAAAGAGAAGAUUGACUCAAACAAUGUCACGCUCAACGAAACCAUAUUCGACGGAAUCAUCCCCAAGCUACAAGAUGUUUUUGAUCACUUAAAUGAUUUCGAUAAGUUCCUGGUGAAGUUCAACAAAACCAGUGACAAAGCAAAAAAAGACAUCACCAUGUUGAGUCGAGAAACGAAGAAGUUGGCAAAAUCAUUCAAAGAGAUGUUCGAAACCCAUUUAACCAAACUGAAGAGUAUCGAAUCUGAAGAAGAAGAUUGGGAUAAUUUGGAAGCCAAACUUCGUGAAGCACAGGACGCGAGAGUGGAGGGCCGGAAGAAAAUGGUUCUUUCCAUGCAAGAGGCGCUUUUGGAAUUUAGUGAGAAAGAUGAUGAGAGACAUGAAGAGAUCUUAAGGAUGUUGACGUUGUUCAGCACUGCAUCAAAGAAAGCUCGUCUUGCACAAAGAGAAUUGUCCAGUGCAAUCACUGAGGAUAUCAAGGCAUGUGAACCAAACUUUGCCGAAGUCAUGAGCGUCUUGAACAAGGUUGAAGACAAUCUGAAGCAUCAGCAAGACUCAACCGUCGAAAAGUUGCAAUCUUGGAAGAAUUCGGAAAGUGAGCGGUUGACUGCUAUUAUCGGGAGUGUUGAAAACCUAUCAUCAGUUUCGAAAGAAUCCCAGAAAAGUUUUGACUCUUGGAGUGCUGGUUUUAAUGAAGGUUUGGUCGAAAGCGAUACCAAGGAAGAACAACGUGAAAAAGAGCAAGAAGAGGGUAUUCUUGAAGAAGUAAGCAACCAGGUAUCACAAUCCAAAACAGUUCUAAAUGACUAUGCGGAAUCCCAUCUAACAUCCAUCUCUGAAAUGGGCAAUAUCAUGCAAGAUCACCUCGCAAAUGCUGAAAAAUUACGCAAAGAACUAGAAGAAAACAUGCAGGCUCAAAACAACGUCCUCGAGAAAUUCGUUCAGGAGGACUUCAAGAAGGAUGUCCCCACAGGCUCUACUCCGCAGAAGCGUGAAUUCGACUAUCCACAGGACCUCACAGCCACCUCUCCACAUGAAAUAAUUCUCGCCAGAUUCCGAGAGACGGUCAAUCAUGAACUUUCUUUCAAUGAUUCUUUAGCAGAGUCAAUCCAUUCUGAGGCCUCACAGGAAAUGGGAGCCUCAACAAGUGCAGAGACAACCUCUUUAGUCACAUCAGUAUCUGACAGUUCUCUCAAUUUAGAUCAGAAAGAGAAUACGGCCACAGACACUGGCGAUACUGAUGUGGUUACUCUUCCACAGUCCAAGAGAAUCAAUCAGUCAUCCAUCCCUCAAAUGACACCCAGGAAGAAAGUCCUAGGUGAAAUGAAUUAAUUGCUCGUAAUGGAUGGAAGAAGGGCGUUCCCUGAAAAAAUACUUGUGCCCUUUUUCUACCUACCCCUGAUCUCUAAAUGCCUUUCACAUACAUAUCAAACUUAACAGAGUGAUGUUUUUUAAAAGAUUUUAUUUGUAGGAUUAUGUGUGCUGCCAAGUUUUAUAAAUUGUAACAAGUUUUUUAAGUGUUUAAAAUGUAUACCGUAAGGUCAUGUGUUACGUAAUGAUUUUGCUAUGAUAUUGAAAAAUGUAUGAUAUUUUGAGUAAUUUUGGCGUAUCGCAAUUUUCUCUGUCAUUUCAAAAUUGCAUUAAAUCUUCAUCUUAUCUUUAUCUCCCAUCUUUUUUUCCACCUUCAUCUUAUUUUACCUCCCGUUUUUCAUCAACUUGUGAGUCCACCCACAUGAUUCGUGGGUCCAACCAGUACCAUAUUUGUCCUCAAUUUAAUUUAUUCCUGUGCUAACCCUCAUAUCUACCCUUACCAUCUCUGAAUUCAAUAUGUAAUUGUCAACAUUAAAUUCGAAAUCUCUGUACUGCUUUGUCUUUGGUGCUGCACUAAAGCGUAAAGAUCUUGAAACAAAGAUUACUGAUUGAAACUUGGUUUCUGCUCAAAUGUUUCAUUGAAUUCAUUCAGAAAGGUUGACAUCCCUUUUCUCUUGUAACUGAUUCUUCUUUUUUAUCACCUGUAUCAUUGAGCUUGAUUUCUUCUUGUUCUUUCCCUUUUAUGCCUUUUAAUUCAUUGAUAUAGAGCAAAUUUGAGCCGUUGUUAAUGGCUGACCAACUUGGUCAUCAUAUUUUUCAUACAUUCAUUUUGGAAUGAGCCGAGCAAAAUUGAUUUUUUGAAGAAACUUAGAAUCAAAUUGUCUCUUAUUCGUUGACUUUCUAUGUUUAAAAGAUAUGUCAAUGUUUUAUAUUUUAUUAAAAAUUUUUGAUGUAAAA